AUGCGUCUGUUUGUUGCUCUCGUUUGCGUCACCCUGGUGGCCCUGUCCUCCGGCCAGGUGUCUAUCCGUGGCAGAUCCCUUCGUUCUGGCCAAAUGAAGCUGGCUGUGGAGCCUCCUACUUUGCUGGUGAAGAACGCCGGCAUUGUGCCACCCACUUUGCUGGUGAAGAACGCCGGCAUUGUGCCCGCUGUCCAGCUGGAUGAAGCCGUGGCCACCCCAGCCAUCCUGCCCCAAGUGUCGGUGGGCAAGCGCCGCAUUGGUUAUCCCUAUUAUCCUCGCUACUGGCCCGACUAUGGCUCUGAUGGCUGGUAUCCCGGUGGCUGGAACUCUGGUCCUAGGUACUGGGACAAUAGCUGGUACAACUACCAGUCUCCUCCCUUCUUGCCCAGGCGCCGUCUUGUCAAGCCUGUGGUUGCUCCAGUGGACUCCUCGUCCAGCUCUGGCUCCUCCUCCACCACCACCACCACCACUAGUGUGGUGUCUGAGGAUAAGCCAUCUGUGGAUGCCACUCUCAGUGCCGCCGUGGUGCCCGAUGUGGUUGCUGUUCCCGAUGUCCUGCCCGUUGCCGAUGUUGUUCCCGUUCCCAUUCCCGAGCUGGCUGUGCUUCCCCAAGUCGAAGACGAGGGACUGAUGACCACUCAGGUGAUCUAA